AUGCAAGCAGCCGAGAAAAUAUGUUUAUGGAAUUAUCAAUAUAAAAGUAACGAAGACUCUCCAUCUUCAUCAAUGAAUAAAUUAUCAUCACCAAAAGGUUCUCUUGAAACAACAAUGUAUUUAUUAUGUGCAGAACAUUUAGCAUGUGACACAGAAAUGUCAUCGAAAGCAACAUAUUAUUGUGUACAAUGUAAUUCAUUACAAUGUAUAUUAUGUGACAAACAAAUUCAUGAAAAUUCUGAUCAUCAAAAACAUGAACGAUUAACUUUAGAUGAAAUUGAUAAUGAAUAUUGUUCAAUUGAUCGAAAUCAUCCAGCUAUUUUUUAUUGUCCUAAUUGUACAUUAUUCUUUUGUUAUUCAUGCUAUGAAAAUAAACAUCAAUAUUCCGAUGGAAAAAAUCAUAGACCACAAAAAUCUAAAGACGGACAAAACUUAGCCAUGAAAACUGAUUCUGAUCAACAUCGAAAUGCAACAAAACCAAUACAAAUAAAUUCCUCCCCUAAUUCAAAAGAACGAACAAAGAAUCCAAUACCAUCACCAUCACCAUCUUCAUUUGAGGAUAUUAAAGUUGAUGAUAGUGAUGAAACUUAUAGUUCUCCACCUAUACGUAAAGAAUAUGGAAUGAAAUCAAAAAUUUCAAAUUCUAAUCCAAUACCCAAACAACAUAAUUUUGAUGAACAAAUGUUACUUGAAUCAAUGUUAGAUAAUGAUAGUGAUGAUCAAAAAAAUAAUCAUCAUGUUAAUCGAACUAAUAAUAAUAAUCGUAAUUCACAUAAACCUUCAACAAAUACAGAUUCAAAUGGAGUUUUUCUAUUAUUAAAUGCACAAGAACAUUUAACUGUUAAUCAUGAAUCUGAUUUUAUUCGUCAAUUAAAAUGUUCGACACAAGAUCCACAAGUUAAAUGUAUUUCUAUUAUUGGUAAUACAGGUGAUGGGAAAUCUUAUGCAUUAAAUCAAGUAUUUUUUAAUGGAAAAGAAAAAUUUCAUACAUCAUCAACAACUGAAUCAUGUACAAUGGGUGUAUGGUCAGCAUUAGAUGAAAAUCAACGUACACUUAUACUUGAUACUGAAGGUCGACUUGGUUUAUCACAAAAUGAUAAUAUUCGUAAUAGACUUUUACUUAAAAUUUUAUGUAUAAGUGAUAUUAUUAUAUAUCGAACACGAGCACCUAAAUUACCUAAUGAUAUGUUUCAAUUUUUAUCUGAUGCUUCAAAUGCAUUUCUAAAAUAUUUCCGAAAAGAAUUAGAAAAUGUGAUGAAAAAUUGUAAAGUUGAUGGACCUAUGUCAACAAUGGGACCAACAUUAAUUGUUUUUCAUGAAACACAAUUUACUGAAGUAUUACGAGAUCAUUUUCAAUGUCAAAAAACAGCUGUUGAACAAUUAAAAGAACGUUUUGAAAAAAUGAACUUAUCAUAUGAUGCAUUUAGUUCAAUUGAAUAUGUUGGAACUCAAACCUUAGGUGGAAAAAAAACAGAUUUUAGUGAUAUAAGAGCAACAAUUACAGCAACACUUGAAAAUAACAAAAUUCGUUCUCCACGACGUUUAUCAGUUGUGUUUAAAGCACUAAAAGCUUUAAAUGAAAAAUUUAAUCAUUCUAUACCUCCUGAAAUGCCUUCAACAUUACCCGAUGACUUUUUUGCAUGUUAUAUUAAAUGUGAAUCUUGUGGAAUUAAAUGUACAUUAGCUGCAAAUCAUCAGAAAGACAAUAUUCCACAUCAAUGUGAUAAACGAUGUUCAUAUAAUAAAGAAUUAGAUAAUGAAGUUUGGAAAUGUUUAAAAUGUCAUCGUGAAGGACGUGAUAUGGUUGUAUAUGGAAAACUAAUAACAAAAAGUGAUGGUCUUGUACAAGGACUUCUAAAAUAUGUUUGGUCUGGUUUUGUUAUUGAAUGUCCUCAUCAUGGUGAAAUCUAUCGAUCAAGAAAAUAUUGGUAUGGAAAUAAUGAACCAAAAGAUGUAACACGUGUUGAAGUUGUUCAUGUUUGGCCAGGUGAAGACAAUAGUCGAGUUGCUAGUGAUGUUACACCAAGAAAAUUUAUGGAAAUGGUUGUCUAUGCUGGAAGUUAUCUAUCAGCUCCAACGAAAAUGUUGACGGAGAUGGUCGCAGAUCAAGUAGCACCAUCAUAUUGGAUUCCUAAUAAAGAUGUUCAUGAAUGUUCAUCGUGUAAACUUCAUUUUGGAUCAGAGCAUUCGAAACAUCAUUGCCGAGCAUGUGGUCAUGUGUUCUGUGAUACAUGUACAACAAGUCGUCGUAUUGUUCCAUGGAUUGAUACAGAAAAACCUGUUCGUGUAUGUGAUAAAUGUUAUGCUAAUCCACAAUCACGUCCACCUUCAGCAAUGCAAAGUUCAUCUUCAUCAUUAUCAGAAAAAGAUAAAUCAGAUAAUCAAAAAUCAAAACAAAAUGGUUAUGAUGCUGGUAGUAGCGGAGAUUCUGCAAGCACAGCUUCAUCCGGUGAGCAUCUCAGCGAUCUGUGUUUAUCUCCAUCUGAUAUUUUCGAUAUCGAGCACCCAGGAGCAGGUCCAGUAUCAGUUGAUAUUCCUGCAACUAGACGUGCUUAUGAAACAUUUAAAAGUGGACUUGAAAAAAUCGGCGUGAAUUAUCCGAUUGAACUUAUUAAAGAAAGUACUCGACCGAAUUAUUGGCGACCGGAUCAUGAAUGUCGUGCUUGUUGUAUUUGUAAACGUGCAUUUAAUAGUACAACAAAUCGAUUACAUCAUUGUCGAAAUUGUGGCGAUGCUGUUUGUGAACAAUGUUCACCAACGAAACGUCCUGUACCAGAACGAGAUUGGUUAACACCUGUACGUGUAUGUAAAUUAUGUGAUGAAGCAAUGAAUGAAUCAACGAGUGGACAUAAAUAA